GCUAUGAGAAGUGUCGAACGUGCCAAAUGUCAAUGUCAACUCGAAAUUUCAAUACAAUUGAAUAACUGGCCCCAAAUUUCCAGAACUAUGAUAAUGAAGUGACUGACAUUUAAAAAACCCAGUUAUUAUGCAUUUAAAGCAGUUCGCAUUGGCUCCAAGGCCGUUUCAAAUGCUCAUUAUUUUACUACUAAUCAGCCCAAAUUCAUCAAAAGACUCCCCUUGCCAAAGCCUGAACGUCUCUCUAACCCAAAAGAUCGAUAAUGAGGGCUUCCACCGGGAGCUCAAGUGGCUCCUUGAGCGGGGCCCCACCUCCCUUCAGUGCAAACUAGCAAUUCGACUCGAUGUGGGGCCCGAAAUGUACUUAAAUCCGGAUCAAAUCGCCGAUUUGAAUCGUUUGGGCCACUUGUCGGUGCUUAUAGUCGGCGAUGUGGAUGUUGAGGCACCUGCUCAUUUAUCCAAGGGGCACAUUACUUACAUUUACGUGCCCCCUUUUGCAGAAAGAGUGUCUCUAAACGUCCCGUUUCAUUUGCGGUACCAGCGGGCGCAAAUUUCAGGGGGCUAUGGCAAAGUUAUUGUGAAUAAACCAAGCGUUUUGGCGUUGAGCCCCCAAAGCGAAAUUAAAGCCCCCUGUGAUAUAAGUAAUGGGGUUUUGUGCAGUUGGAGAAAUGUCAGUUAUCAGGCUUUGUUUGAUGAAGUCGAGUUGCUUGUCCCUGUGGGGGACCUCGACGAUUAUCCUUUGGUGUCAAUUGUGACCCUACUUUUAGGGUGCGCUGGGUGUAUUUACACCUUAUCAGUAUUAUCAACGACUCCGCUUUAAGCAGCCAAAUUUUGUUUGUGAUAUUUUUUAUUUAAAUAAAGGAUUAAACAGUUA